GAAGAGGCAUUUUUAUUUUAAAAGAAAAUUGUAGAAGCAUGAAAUCCCAUACAACUAUUUCACAAUUUUAGGUAUCCUAUAUACUUUUUAGGGAUCUAAACUUAAACAAGACAUUUCAUCAGUAAUUAUUUAUCAUUCAUGACUUAAGAAAAAAAAUGUGACUAAUAGAUAGCACCAAGCUAGGUUUUACAAACACUAAUAGAACAAGAAAGCAAUACUGAGAGAGCUAGAGAAAAAUGAAUAUGUGAAAAAAUGCAAGCUUGUAAUGGGAAUACAAAACAUAACUAUAAUAUAAUAGGAGGGAGAAAACAAAGGACUGUUAAGAGAAAUUUAAGGUGAUUGUGGACAAAUGUGAGCAUAUGCUAUAUAAUGUGGUGACCAAAAACUGUGUAUUUAAGAUGUCUUUGACCUCUAUGUAUACGGAAGUAUAACAGAAUAGAAAAAGAACAGUCCCAGUCACCAGCCCUAUCGAGAUCUGGAAUAGUGUAUGUAAUCACAGCAACUCAUUGACAAGACACCAAGAAACUGGGGAGAUUUCAAAUGACAGCAAAUGAUAGGGAGCCAGAAAACACUAGUAUGAAAACAUUAAGCUAUGUUGAUUUGCAGUUUGGUUAUGUGACUGUUUGGGCAUAGGCACAUGCUAGUCAAUCAUUUGUAAAUAUAUAUAUGAGUUGAAAGCAAGAAAGGAAAAGGAUUUUUUUAGGGUAUUUUAUGUGGACGGAAUAAAGAGCAAAAAAGUGUGAAAUUCAGUAGAAAAGUUAGGUUAUAUACCAGAAAGUCUACACACCAAACUAUUAGGAUGUGGAAAUUGCCCAAAAAUGGAAACAAAAGGGCCAUUACUUGAUACAGAUGUGCUGCACAGAUGAUUCCUAUAUGCCAGCAAAUAGAAAUACAGUAAUUGAAGGUAUCUCCCAUCUUUAAUCUUGGAUUAUUUUAUAGUGCCUUCAGAAUGUUGCAAAAAGCACCUGGUUAAUGCUAACUGCUUAUAACUACACUAUAGUCAAUACUUUUGUCAAGCACAUGGCAACAUUUUCAGAUACCUGUCAGGUUCUACUGAUAUUUGUAACUUUAAAAGCAGUGACUUUAAAGCUGUUCUAGAACCAGUCAUCCUGCAACAUCACAAAGAGCAACUGUUCCAAAAAUGCAGAUUCUGAAAUUCUAUCUUUUUCCCAACUCUGGAUCCUCCCUAUAGAAAGUAAAUUUCUCUUAUCAUGGGUAACAUAACCAAGGGAGCCAGUACACCCAAAACUGACUCCAAUCCUUUCAUUUACACUCUUUCUUCCUUGGAGCAGAAGGCAUUUAAUCCACUGCAGGCAAAAUUAUAUGAAGCCAUAAUGAAAGAUGAUAGCACCAAUGUUAAAGCUUUACUAGCAUACCAUCCUGUCAAUGAACCGAUAACUGUUUGGGAUAACCUUAUGUGCAGCAGACCACUGUCAGCCCAGGACCAGCCUAUACUUCCAAUUCAUUUAGCUGCCAAAUACAGAAAAAAAAAGAGUUUGCAGUGUUUAUUAGAAGCUGGUGCUGAUCCAAAAAUAAGAGAUAACAGAGGUUACACAGCACUCCAUCUCCUCCUGCUCCACUGGCCAAAUAUUUAUUCAACAGGGACAGCCAUCCUAGACAGACUUCAGAGAAACCUAGCAACUACACAAAGUAAUGCAGAAAAGUGUCUCCGUAUUUUGUGUGAAAAGGGAGCCAAGAUAAACCAUGAAAUGGGAAGUUAUUACAAACACAGCCCUCUACAUUUAGCCCUAUACUCUGGAGCCUCACAAGCUAUAUCCAUUCUUACAGAGAAUGGGGCUAACAUAAAUGAGACGGAUGAGUUUGGCAAGACAGCUCUUCACACAGCUGCAGAGUUACUGAACAAAGAGGUAACGGAAACUUUAAUCAACUGCGGAGCAAACAUAAAUUGCACUGUUCCAACUUAUGGAAAAACUGCCCUUCAACUUGCAGUGUGCACUGCAUCAUCCAAAGCAGGCACAGUUUUAGCUGUUGAUAUAGACUGCAUCCGUUUACUAUUAAUUAAGGGAGCCAAAGUAAAUACCCAGGAUUGUGAAGGACACACAGUUAUUCAUGAUGCUUGUUCAGGAGGCAGAAAAGAAAUAGUUGAUCUCUUGCUAGAUUAUAAAGCAGAUGUUAACUGUUUAACAAGUCAUGGGCAAUCUCCACUUUUUCUGUUUCUUCAGCAUAAGUCAAACAUGAAACAUGUACCACUGUUAAACAAGUUGUUAAACCUCUCAUAUCCUUUGAAAUUAACCAAUAAUCAUGGAGAUCUACCCACUGGACUUCUGUUUCCAGAAUAUCAACGGGAAAAAGAAUUUCUCAUAAAACUGUCAAAAACUAUGUUGUCCCUACAGGACAUCUGCAAAAUCACUGUCAGAAGAAUAUACAGGGAGAAAAACAAACAUUACUUGAAAAACCAACUUCCAGUAUCUAUGUGGAACUCUUUGUACACUUACCAGGACUUUACACAGCGUUGGCAAAUGGAGCCCGUGAUUUAACUGUCACAAAAUUCAAAAGUUCUGAAAUAUUUUGUUCAGUAUUUAUGACACAGUUAGUUACAUCUAUACGAGAAGGCACACUGAAAUGCUGUUGUUUCCAAAACUAAUGAAAAAUUAAACUUGAACCACGAACCUUACCAACACUGCAUGUUUUAAAGCCACUCUAACCUCUCUUAAAUUUAAUUACAAGAAUCCAGAAAGUUUGGUGUUUCAUUUUGUUUUAUAUUUAUUGGUUUCUUCAGUAAUCAACACUUUAAGAGCAAGA